AUGGACUUUUGUCCUGCUGGGUCAACUGAUUUGAGUGAGGCUGAAGAGGCUGAAAUAGAGACAAUCAGGCAGCACAGACAGGAGCUUUUGGAGGACAUUAAGAAGCUAAAGCAAGAGAUUGCUGAAGUGUUUGCAGAGAUUGAGUGCUUCCAAAAUGCAAAGGAGAUGAAAGAGGCAGAAAAUAAUCCUGGAGAGCAGACCAGCAAAAUAGUCGAGAGGGAUAAAGUUCUGUCCCUGGGAAGGAAAAAAUUCAACAUGGACCCUGCAAAGGGAAUCCAGUACCUGAUUGAGCACCAGGUAUUGUCCUCAGACCUACAGGAGAUAGCCAAAUUCCUUCACAAGGGUGAAGGCUUGAACAAGACAGCCAUUGGGGAUUUCCUGGGUGGAAGGGACCCUACAAACAUCCAGAUCCUCCAAGCCUUUGUGGCAUGUCAUCAGUUUGCCAACCUCAACCUGGUGCAGGCACUGAGACAGUUCCUCUGGAGCUUCCGGCUGCCUGGGGAAGCGCAGAAGAUCGACCGGAUGAUGGAGGCCUUUGCCAGCUGGUACUGCAAGUGUAACCCAGGAGUAUUCCACUCCACAGAUACCUGUUAUAUACUCUCCUUCUCUAUCAUCAUGCUUAACACCAGCUUACACAACCCCAAUGUGAAAGACAAACCCCCCUUUGAAAGGUUUGUAUCCAUCAACAGAGGCAUUGACAACGGAGGGGACUUGCCAGAAGAGCUCUUGAAGAAUCUGUUUGAGAGCAUCAAGAACGAACCAUUCUCUAUACCAGAGGAUGAUGGCAAUGACCUCACACAUACUUUCUUCAACCCUAACCGUGAGGGCUGGCUUCUGAAACUAGGAGGACGUGUGAAAACCUGGAAACGCCGUUGGUUCAUUCUGACUGACAACUGCCUCUAUUACUUCGAAUAUACCACGGACAAAGAGCCUCUGGGCAUUAUCCCCCUGGAGAACCUGUCAGUCCGGAAGGUGGAUGAUCCCAAAAAGCCAAACUGCUUUGAGCUCUUCAACCCCAACUGUAAAGGGCAGAAGAUCAAAGCCUGCAAAACAGAUGGAGAUGGGAAGGUGGUUGAAGGCAAGCAUCAGUCCUACAAGAUUUCAGCAUCUACACCAGCAGAACGUGAUGAAUGGAUUGAGGCAAUAAGGACCAGUAUCACACAGGAUCCUUUCUAUGAUCUGGUCUCUGCCCGUAAGAAAAAGAUUGCCAGCAAAAAUUGA